GAAAGUUGCAACUAAUUGCAGAGCCAUAAUGAGAAAGAAACUUCUGAUUUUGCAGCAUCAUAUAUUAAUGAGUCAUUUGCUGACCCAUUCCUUGAGGAAAAAAGGACACGGGCUGAAAAUUCUACCUGAAACAGGUCAGGGAGGAGCAGAAGAUGCCUUCUGAAGAAUAUGUAUUUCAAUGAAGAUUACUGUUCCUUCUGAAAAAGAGGACAAACUGAACUAUGGAAUAUUUAACAUUGUACCAAAACAGGUGGAUGUGGUGGGGGAAAAUAUCUUGCAUCUCCAUCUCUCUAUUAUAUAUAUAUAUAUAUAUAUAUAUAUAUAUAUAUAUAUAUAUACAUACGUACACACACACACACACAUUUUUUUGGAAGAUAACUACAACGUCAAUCUGUGGACUUCUUUUAUUGCUAAAAUAUGCCCUGGGGAAUAGUAGGAAAACCUAGAAAAACCUUCACAAGAAGUGGUAUCACCUGCCUGCCAGUCAGAAGGUUAGUGAGGUACUGUGAUCAAAGCAAAGGAGUCAGUAUCUCAAAGAAGCUUUGUCUCAGCACGCGAGGAGUGUCUGGUACAACAGACUCCUUCAUAGUCACAGACGUGGCUUCAGUAGAUGCUCUUCUAGACACAGAAGCCGAUGAUGCAACUGAUUUCCCUGGAUGACUUUUGCAUACCCAGGGAGAAAAUGGGUAGCCCAAGAAACGUUUGGAUCAUCAGAGAGAACAGCUGUAGAAGACCAAAUAAUAACACGAGAAAUAAGGGUCUGAAGAAAAUUGACUGACAUAUUGAUGGCAAUGAACAUUGGUAUUUCAGACUUGAGUUACUUCAGGUAGCAAAAAUGGAAAUAUAUUUGUUGUAAGCCUGGCCAUUGCAGACUUGGUAGUGGCGAUCUACCCAUACCCACUGGUCCUGACAUCUGUAUUUCAUAAUGGAUGGAAUCUGGGCUACCUCCACUGCCAAAUUAGUGGUUUCCUGAUGGGCCUAAGUGUCAUUGGAUCAAUAUUCAACAUUACAGGCAUUGCUAUUAAUCGAUAUUGCUACAUCUGCCACAGCCUCAAGUAUGACAAGCUGUAUAGUGACAAGAAUUCUCUGUGCUACGUCAUUCUCAUCUGGAUCCUGACAUUUGUUGCUAUUGUUCCUAAUCUGUUUGUUGGAUCUCUACAAUAUGAUCCACGAAUCUACUCGUGCACAUUUGCACAAUCUGUGAGCUCACCGUAUACAAUAGCAGUGGUGUUUUUCCAUUUCAUGCUUCCCAUAGGCAUAGUUACUUUCUGUUACUUGAGAAUAUGGAUCCUUGUUAUUCAGGUAAGGCGAAGGGUUAAACCUGACAACAAGCCCAGGCUGAAGCCACAUGACUUUAGGAACUUUGUCACCAUGUUUGUGGUAUUUGUACUGUUUGCGAUCUGCUGGGCUCCUUUGAAUUUCAUAGGCCUGGCUGUGGCUGUCGACCCAGACACAAUAAUCCCCAGGAUUCCAGAGUGGUUGUUUGUAUCCAGUUACUACAUGGCAUAUUUCAACAGCUGCCUUAAUGCUAUCAUAUAUGGACUCCUGAACCAGAAUUUCAGAAGAGAAUACAAGAGAAUUAUUGUCACAAUUUGUACAGCAAAGGUUUUCUUUCAGGAUAGUUCUAAUGAUGCAGCAGAUAGGAUGAAAACCAAACCCUCACCACUGAUUACAAACAACAAUCAAGUGAAGGUAGACUCAGUGUGAAAUUGGGACCCUCACCAUUGCCGAUCUACAACAUUCAAACACUAGUUCUGGUUUAUUAGCUGCACAGUUGAAGUGCUGUACUGAAAUACUAGUCCUAUAUGAAAGGUACUUGGACAAUGUUCUGUGUACAGUAUUUGUGAGCCAAAGUAACACAGCCUUGACAUAAAGAGCCUCCUGUUGUACAAUAUAUCUUUCAAAUAAUGACUCGCUUAUAUGCUUAAGGUAUUACAGGGUUACAGAAUUUUUUUAAAUUUUCUGUUUAACAUCGAUAACUGAAGAUGGAUUGGAACUGAACUGCCAUAUUAACUGGCUGUUUGAAAAAGCCUCGAUCUGGACUCCCUAAAUUGCAAGGCAGGCUAUGGUACUGAUCUUGACACCCUUAACAACUUCUGUUAAAGGAAAAAUGGGAGCUGUUUAUUCCAGUGUGUGGGAACGUGAAAAGAGGAGGGAAAAUACUUGAAAUGUUUCACUAAGAAUCUCAGUCUAUAUAUUUAAGUUCCUAGAGUAGUCAUAACUUUGUGGCAAAUAAGCCUUACCACUCCUUUCAGGUAACUACACAGCCCUUGUUUAGUUCUCCUCUUUAAAACUGUUUUUAGGAGGAAAAAUAUGCAUGUCUGAUUAUCUCAAAAGCUACAAGGGCCUAUAGAACAGCUAGGGGCAUGCUGGGGGAUGGCAGGGAGUACACACGGGUUCAGCAGGAGCUCAAAGAACGUGGGGGGAUUUUGAGGUAUGGGAACUUCCAACUUCCCUAAUGUCCAGGAGAAAUACAAUGGGAGAAGCCUGGAAGCCACCCAAAAGGAGAGAAUGGGGCAGAUAUCCUCUGGAGAUAGUAGAGAGAACUGCCUGUUGCUCCUCUGUGACCUAUGCGUGGCAGCGGGAAUUGCCAGGCAUGGACCAAGAAGCCAAAUGCACUUAUGAGGGCAUAUGAGGGGAAUGGGAGUUUGUUUUGGGGAGUGACAGGGCCUCCAUGGGUUCUGACUGCUUAGCUGAACUCUCAACCACAUGAAGCCUGGAGGAUUGAGAUAAGCAUAUCAGAUUCACUUACUGCUUCCCAAAAUGAGCCUGUGACUCUGUUCUAACCUCUAGAAGCCCUGGCUGCUUCUCAAAAUUGUCCAAAAAAGCUUUUUGAAAUGUUGGUAUCUAAACACCUCAUCCAUAGUUACCAGUGAUGAAAAUGGUAUAAAAGUCUAGAGAGAUUAACAGACCAGAAUAAUAGAGAAGAGAAAAGAGAAGGCACACUACCCUGUGGUAGAGGGUCAAAGGAAUAGAUGGUUCCCAGUAUUGGACCAGCCACUCCCUAUGUGGCCUACCCAUAGAUGUGUUCCAUGCAUGGGCAAGAGAUGAAGAGGGUGGGGAAGGGAGGAAGUGCAGCUAGGCAGGCCUUGGCCUUCUACAGUGAAUCUCCACUUACAGUGAACUCAUUUGGUGAAAAUUUUUUUUUUUUACAAGAAUAGGUUUCAGCUUUUUCAGUUAAUGGACUGAGAUCCUUUCAAACACUAUGCAAGGAUUGUUCUCUCACUAACUCGCAUUAUCAUUAAAAGGAAUGAUCACUGAAUUAGAUCUGUAAAGGUUUCAGCUAUCAUAGCUUUCUAAUCAUUAGCCAUCCUAUCCUGGCAUAUAUUUACUUCCCACAAUCACUGAUGCUUGAGUUUUUCCAAGACAGUUCCAGCCAUCUCUACAAGACUAAAAGGUUUUAAUAGUUUAUCAACAUUUUAUUAUUAUAUGUUGAAAUAUACACUAUAUUGAAACUGGUUCAUUAAAAUAAUUACAUGAUACACUAGAAAAAGAUUUGGAUUUCAACACCUUAGAUGUCUUUGAAAACAUUAAAUACUCACUGUGUUCUAUAAUUCCUUCACUGUAGACAGCCUUAAAAGCAUCUCAUGUCUUUUGGGCAUAUAUUAUUGUACACUUGACUUAAUAUAAAUUAUGAGCUAAACAGAACAUUCAUACAUACUUGAAAUCACACUAACAUUUUGGCAUCUGAAUAGUUUCUUACCUUAAAAACAGGUGCCUCCUGUUGUCCUUCACUCACUUCAGGCUUGUAAUGAACCUAACUAAGUAAUGAUGAAACAAUGUCCAGAUGAACAGGCCAGUCAAUGCAUUAUCAAGGUGCUUGACUCAUCUUUGUUUACAUUCAGAUCUGUGUGGGCAGUCAAAACCGCUCUGUAAAUAACCAGUUCUCUUCUAUUGUGGUAUCGUCAUAUGAUAUGAUUAACAGUAUAAAGUACAUCACAGCUUCCUUCAGUGAUUUCAUCCUUAGAGGAUGCUUAGCCGUGUACUGGCAUUGCUUAUAGUGUGUAGUUAUAGCACAAUAAUGAGGGAGGCAAGACCACCCUAUAUGAGUCACAUAAGAAAUACACUAUUUAAAUUACUACAAAAAGUCUUGCCUUAUUUAAAACAAAUAUUUUCACUUAAAACAAUGUAAUAUUUUGUGGGGAAUCUGAUAAAGUAGUUUCAGUAGCCUAAUCAUCAGUGAAUGUAGUAUUGUCAAAGGUUUUUUUUCACUUGCCCGUUUCAAACUGGAAGCUUACAUGUUUAUCACUUCUACGCACAUUUAAGCCUUGAAACAGCCAUUAGUGUGGGUUAUCUGAGGACUUAAAAUCCCUUUUGAUUCACAAGUGCGAUAAUAUAUUUUUGAUUAUAAUAAAACUCAUUUGCUAGACACAAUAAACGAUAUAUUAUACCAAAGGUCUAUAUUUUGGUGAACAGGCCUGUAAUUAAAAUUGAGAACAUUUUUCAGAUCUGGUAUUUUGAAGGAUUUAUAUUAAUAUUAAAACUACAGAAAUUAUGUAUUUGGUGAUGAUAUGAGCUGCUAAAUAGAGCAAUAAUUUUAAAAAGACUAAUCCCUUGCUUUUUGGGGGGGUAUUGUUGCUUGUAGCUAUUUGUUUGCCUCCAAAUUAACACAGAUGACCAGCUGGCUGGAACUUUUAGGAAAUUAUUUGCUGACCUCUUUAAAUUUUUCUGCUUAUUUUUCGACCAUUCCAUAGUAUGUUUUUAGGAGUGGUUUCCAAAGUCACUCCCAACCAACACCACCUCCAAAUGCAAAACAACUGCAAAUUAAAACCAAAGUACCAGUGUUUAAGUUCCCUAGAACGAUUUAUGGCCUGAUCCUGUGAGGUGCUUGCAACAUGAUGAACAGCCUCUGUUGGAAGUUGCUCAGCACCUCACAGAACUGGGCCAUCUAUAAUCAACAAGUAAUGCCUGGAGGACAUAGGAUGCUUCUUGCUCAGUAAAAAUAGAACUAAGCUCUGGCAGUUGUGGGGUUUACCCAAACAAGUCUUGCAAUUGAACUGUACAAAUGGAUGAUCCCUAAGAUAUAAGUAAAGAUAUUUUUACCUUCAAAGUGAUGAAAUUCACCCCUGUGUAAAAGACCAGCGUAGGACUGCUACACCACUUAAUCCAAUUAAACUGUAUUUUGAAGGCUUAAGUGGUGCAUAGGCCCUUUGAAUAUGUGUGAUUUUCACUCUUUAAGGACCCAGUCCUGCAAUGUGUUACACAUGGAUAGACCUCUGCUUUUGAGCUGAGCCUCAGUGAAGCCAAUGGACAUCCAGGCAUGAGCAGGGAUACACCCAGGUGCAAAACAUUGUAGGAUCAAUGGCUAAAUGAGUCUCAAUUUUCCCUAUGAAAAUUCUUUUUUCUGUAUGAUCCUGGUUGUGCUAACAGUCAGUCUGUGUGUGUCAUCACAUCCUGAAUAACACUAUUGCUGUGUUUGGUACAGUCUUCAUUUUAUUGGUGGUGAUUUUCAGUGCAAGCUUUAUAUAACACAAAAGUAUAGCACUGUUUCCUUUUAACUAGCACAGAAAAUAUUAACACAUUAAUAUUAGUUAGUGUUUAUAGUAUUUAAACAGUGAUUGUUUGCAGCUAUGUACAUUAAUUUUGAAUAGUUUACUUAUAGUGCUCAUUGCAAUAUUUCUUUCGCUCCACUCUGCUUCUAGUGGAACAACACGGAAAAACAGCAAAAAAAUGUGUUAUUUUGUAUGGACAUCAAAGCAACAACAAAGCUGUUAUUUGGUUUUUCUUUAUGUUUGAGAAGAUUAUCUUUCAAUAAUCCAUAAUAAUCUAUUCUAUUCUAAUCAGUCUGUGUAGAAACAAAUAACCCAUCCUGCUACGAUCAGUCUAUACUGCACCUUUUGAUUGCUUUUUGAACUACUUUUGCAAUGUUAUUGUUGAUUAGCUUCAAAAAGAAUUAUGACACAAAGGAAUUCAUUGGUCCAUUGAAACUGCACAGCAAACAACAUAUAUACAAUAAGCACAUGCAGUCUCAAUGUAAAAAGCCUAGAACCAUAGCCUUCAAAGUAGCUUGUUUCUAAACCAGUAGUAAUGCAAAAUAACAGAUAUUCUCUAAUCCCUUUCCAAUAUGUGCACUUUCUUUCUGCUCAUAAUUAAUAAUUCCCAGCACUUUAAAAAGAAUUAAGACUUGCUACUGUUUGCCAUUUGCUGACUGAGGCUUUAGACUGGAUAUGUGCCAGCGAAGAUAAACUUGCUUGCCAAUUCAGAACCUGUAGAAAAACACACUAGUCAUGGCCUCACAUGCCAUGUAAUAUAGCUCAAAUUUUUGCCUAAUUUAAAUGAGAACCCCAUUUUGUGGUUCAGUUUUUUCAAUUAUAAGAAAAAAAUCCUACCUUAAUACCUUGUAUGUUUCUGGGAAGUUCUAAUUAUAUAAAAAAGAAUAUAACUUGCCCACAGUACAUACCUCUUAGAUUCUAUUCUAGAAGAAAGAAAGGAAAGGUGAAAGGAAGAGGCGCAUAUGUUAAAACUGAUCUGGGGUUACUUUAAUACACAUUGGCAACCCAAAACAGCGAUAUUACUGAAUAUUGACCAUAAUAUUUAUGAUACAUUAUAUAUAACAUGCCUAUAAACAAACUAUGCCAAUAUAUUAAUAUUAAAGAUGAAAGAUGAGCUCCUUAGCUAAUGUAAAUCAGCAUAGCCCCACUGAUUUAUAACAGCUGAGGAUCUGGCAAUAUUUACUUUCAUACAUGUACAGGACACCUAGCAUACCAUUACACUAGCUACGUUUCUCUCUUCAUUUUAAAAAAUUCAUCACUGUCAGCUAUCCAGGUCUAUACCAAGGUUGUGGAGGAAUGUGAAAUUGCCUGCGAAAUCUCUGCAAAAUAAACCUCAUCCAAUGGAGUUGUCUAUGUGAUUUAUUUUUUAAAUAAAGUAAAUAUAUUAACUCAAUGGCUUGAUUAAACUUCUGUUAUCUAGCCAUGUUUCAUUGUUCCUAUAUUGGUGAAAUCCUACAAGCUUUUGGCAGAUAUCCGGAAAUUAUCAUCUAUAUGUAACUCUAUGGAUGUAUGAAAAUAGACAUGCCACACACACGUCCCCAUAUGGGUGCACAAGGAUGGCAUUUAAUUAUAAACAUGUAAAUGGGGUCCUGAUCCUGAGAACUCUUACUCAGACAGACUCUUACUCAGACAAGUAUUCUCAUGAAAAUGGAGUAAUCUCAUUGACUUCAGCAAGAACUACUUGUUUAACUGCUUCAGGAUCAAGCCCUAGAAUAGUAACCUAAAUUACUGCUUAGAAGCCAUAAAUUAGAAAGUGUGACAGAACAUUGAAUACCCUGAUGAAACGUUGGAGAAUUUGUUCAAGGAUGGACAAGAAUCAUAUCAACAUGUUGUAAUACUGCUAAUGGUAAGCUUGAUUUCCCCGCCCUCCCCAAAUCAAAUAGUUACAUGGAUACACAAUUACACUUUUGUGCAAUCUUUAGUGAUGCAUUAUCUAGGUCACACCCUCACAACACACAAAGUAUAACUAGUGGUUAUUUUGAAGAAAGAAUUGAAAUAUUUUAAAUUACAUAUAACUACAUAGGCUACACAUUGAAAGGACUUCUUCAAGCCAUGCUAAAAGGUAUGCUCCACCGGCUUAGAUACGGCAACUAUUCCAACUCUGCAGUACUAUCCUCAGGUGGACUUUGCAUCUAUGGUCAGGAUAUAUAUCAAAAUAUGCAUGUUUAAAUCCAAAAGACCAGUAUACAGCCCUUGGAACAGAAGGAUGAUAGUUGCACUGAUGAUGUAUAUGCUCAACCUGAGCAUUUCCCCCAACUCAGUAUGUGGCUCAUGCCAUAUUCCAGGAUAAUUCCUUCGCUCUCCCUUCAGUAUUAACCCUUCUCUAAUUUCAUAUUCCAAACUAUGGCCCUUUCUACCCCAUGUCUGAGCAGGCUAUCAGCCUGACUCUCCCCACCCACCUGGCCGCAGCAGCCAAUCCACUCUUUCAUGAGAAGUGCUGUCGGCUGUGUGUCAGCAUACCCCAGCCCAAUGUAACCACCAAUUCUUUAUUUUAAGGGAUGUCAGAUGGUCCUCCACUCAUACCUAAUACGGAUAAGCAUUUUAUCAGAUACAAAUAUAUAGUUUAAGCAAUAAUCACGCAAAGGGUUCUGCACUGUGAUGCCAAUGUAUAUUUUUUGCACCAUGAAUAAACCACCACAAGGUGAUGUUCCUUCAACAGAAGUGUCCUGUAUAUUUCAUACAGUUUGCUUUUAUUUCCAUGAAAUGCAGGUGGUUACCCUGCUGCCCACCCCCUCAUCUUGUUCUCCAGCCACAUGACACCCUCCCCUUUUGCUUCCUGGACUGAGGGAGGGACCAGGAUUAAAGAUCAGGAGGAAACAAACUCUCACUGAGGACUUGUCUACAUGGAACAUUAUUGCCUGGCAUGCACUGAAACAGGAGUUCUGAAACUGCACUAUGGAAUGUUUAGCACACAGUAGCAAGGUCCACGCAGCCAGUUAAUGUGCAAAAAACGAGUGCACUGUAGAUUCACAGCCUUGGCUUGCCACGUACGAACUCUCUGUGUAGACAAGCCAUGAGAAAGCAAGCUGGGAGGUGGUGUUUUGGUUCCCAAUAGGGAGAAGACUCACAUCAGAUAGAAAACACAACUCAGCCUACCCUCCCAGGGGCCUUCCCUCCUCCCUAGCACAACUACCCUAAUAGCUUCACUUAAUAUUGGAUCCAGUCAAUGGUCCAUCUAGUCAGUAUCUUCUCUGACAUUAGCCACUACUGUUUGAAGAAGACGAACCUCUUUAAUGACCAACUUCACAAUAAAUUAGCUAUGGGAGGAGUUUCCAGGCAGGGAGUGAUUUGCUUAAUCUCCUGAAAUAUGUAGGUUAUAAAUGGUUGUUCUGCCAAGCUAGUAUAAAUAUGUAGUUAUUACAAUUAUAUGUUUACCUGCAAAUUUCCUAUGGCUGAGUGUUUGGAACUUCCUCACCAUACACUGAAAUGGCAGUUUAAUGAACUUGAUGGUCCCAAUUCUGCUUUCAGUUACACUGAAUUUCAUAACAGCUACAUAAAUGUAUGUGAAACCCAAACUUCACCUGUUAUGUGUCAUUCUAUGAGUACCUAUCGUCUGAUCAAGACUUUGUUAAAUAACAUUUGUCUAAUCAUUAAUUUGGAUGAAAUUUGUGAAAAUUUAAAAAUAAAUGGACUUU